CCGGCGAGGCGAGGCGCGGGCGGGCUGGCGGGCGGGCGGCGCUCACCUGCGGGCAGGCGCGGGCGGACAGGCGGACAGACCGGCGGACGGGCGGGCUCCCCCGUGGAACAAAGAGCGCUGGGCCCGCCGCCUGCCGCCACCAACUUUCUUCUUGGCCAACUUCGGGGGCUCCGAGCACUCCCCAACAGCCCCGCCCGAGCCGGGGUUGUCGGGCCUGGGAAGGGCCCCGCGCUCCGAGCCGCGCCGUGCCGGGCGAAGCUCGCCGCCCCUCUCCGCGCUCUCGCCUCCUCUCCGGGAAGCGGGCGCCCGCCGACUCCGCGGGGCACUCCCCGCCGUUUUGCUUGAUCUCAUUUCAUUUCUUUUCUUUUCUUUUUUUUUGGGGUACGAGGAAGCAGCUGCCGGCCCCGCGUCCGGGCGGGCGGAGGGGUCUGCGCGCAGCCGCCCCGACGGAGCCCCGACCGCGCUGGGGCCCCAGCCAGCCCCCGCGCUCCCGGCCCCGCAGCUCGGCCCCGCGCGCCCCGCUCCCGCCGCGCCCCGCCGCGCCCCGCCGCCCGGCCCCGCGCUCUCCCGGGCGGGAUGCCCCAGCUCUCGGGGGCCGGCGGCGGCGGGGGGGACCCGGAGCUCUGCGCCACCGACGAGAUGAUCCCCUUCAAGGACGAGGGCGACCCGCAGAAGGAGAAGAUCUUCGCGGAGAUCAGUCAUCCCGAGGAGGAGGGCGACCUGGCCGACAUCAAGUCCUCGCUGGUCAACGAGUCGGAGACCAUCCCGGCCAGCAACGGGCACGAGGUGACCAGACAAGCACAAGCCUCUCAGGAAGCCUAUCACGACAAGGCCAGAGACCACCCGGAUGACGGAAAGCACCCAGAUGGAGGCCUCUACAGCAAGGGACCCCCCUACUCGAGCUACUCGGGGUACAUCAUGAUGCCAAAUAUGAACGGUGACCCCUACAUGCCCAACGGAUCUCUGUCUCCUCCCAUCCCGAGAACAUCCAACAAAGUGCCCGUGGUGCAGCCCUCCCAUGCCGUCCACCCCCUCACGCCCCUCAUCACCUACAGUGACGAGCACUUUUCUCCGGGGGCCCACCCGACACACAUCCCGCCAGAUGUCAGCUCCAAGCAAGGCCUGUCCAGACAUCCCGCGGCCCCCGAGAUCCCCACCUUCUACCCCCUAUCUCCGGGAGGCGUCGGACAGAUCACCCCCCCUCUUGGCUGGCAAGGUCAGCCUGUCUAUCCCAUCACGGGAGGAUUCAGGCAGCCCUACCCAUCCUCACUGUCUGUGGACACCUCCAUGUCCAGGUUCUCCCACCACAUGCUGCCCGGGCCGCCCGGCCCCCACACGACGGGCAUCCCGCACCCCGCCAUUGUAACACCUCAGGUCAAGCAGGAGCACCCCCAUACUGAUGGCGACCUCAUGCAUGUGAAGCCCCAGCACGAGCAGAGGAAGGAGCAGGAGCCCAAGAGGCCGCACAUCAAGAAGCCCCUGAAUGCGUUCAUGCUGUACAUGAAGGAGAUGCGGGCCAACGUGGUGGCGGAGUGCACACUCAAGGAGAGCGCCGCCAUCAACCAGAUCCUGGGCCGCAGGUGGCACGCCCUCUCACGGGAAGAACAGGCCAAGUACUAUGAGCUGGCGCGCAAGGAGAGGCAGCUACACAUGCAGCUCUACCCCGGCUGGUCCGCACGGGACAACUACGGAAAGAAGAAGAAGAGGAAGCGGGAGAAGCUGCAGGAGUCCACGUCAGGUACAGGGCCCAGAAUGACAGCUGCCUACAUCUGAGAUCUGGUGGAAAGCGGAGCGCCUUCCCCACCUGCAAAGCCAAGGCUGCGCCCCCGGGGCCUCUGCUAGAGAUGGAAGCUUGCUGAACCCAAGGCCACCUCAGAGCACCGGAGCCCCCAGACGGGCCACAGACAAUCACUGCCACCCCCACACCCUCCACCACGCUCCCUGCGCCCGCAGCACCGCACCCAGGGGGCCACAGACUGGAUGGAACAGCCCCCCACCCACAGUCACCUCUGGGAGACAGUGACUCGAACCCCAGCUCCUUCCCCCUCCCCCCUUCCUCCUCCUCCCCCCAUUGCUUUUAUUUAACAGCAAAAGGAUCACUCUCAUGUCUGCUUUUCUUUCUCCGCCCCCCUCUCUUUUUUAACUUGGAUUUUUUUUUUUCAUUUUCAUUUUCUUGUAUAUUUUUGCUAGCUCUGAGCUUUUUAAGUUGAAGAUCUGGGAAAGAGUCUGAGAUACAAAGGGUGCCCCCUUGGGCCUUCUGGGGAGGCGUCUGGAAUUUUCCAGAACAUUAUCAUGGGCAGAGCUGGGCGGCUGCUGGCAGCCCAGCUUCCUUUCCUUCUGAUGUCUCUCUCUCUCCCUCUCUCUCUCUCCCUCUCUCCCUCUCUCUCUCUCUAAUGGUAAACAUAAACAGCUACUUUUUACAGGCCUGUCUGCAGUGAGUUUUCAGUUCCUUCUCCCCCUCCUUGUUGUAAAAAGCCCAGCACUUGAAUUGUUAUUACUUUCCAUGUUCUGUAUUUGUAUCUGUUUUUAUUAGCCAAUUAGUGGGAUUUUAUGCCAGUUGUUAAAAGGAGCAGUGAUGCACCCAUUUUUUUUUUAAAUAGCAAGGCACAGCCUUUGCCCCAAACUGUCAUCUAAUGUUUGUCAUUCCAGUCUGAGUUAACGUGCUGAGCAUUUUUUAAAAGAAGCUUUGUAAUAAAACAUUUUUAAAAAUACAUU